UGGGUCUGACCCAAGCACGCAAACCAACAAACAACGCAUCCAUUGUCGUUGACGACUCCCCAAAAUUCCAUUUCAAAACCUUUUGAGAUCUCAUCUCAUCUCUUGAAGUAACCCUACACAGUGUUUGUACCCCUCCCCGAACCAGAAACCUUAAAAAACAAUGCUCCAGUUCCUUCUAACCUACAAGAACCCAAUCCUCCACACCUCUCUCUCCCUUUCCCUCACUUUCCUCCUCUCCUUCUUCAAGAUCCCCUCCCUUUUCCUCCAUGGCCUCCACACCUACAUCCAACCCGAAAACCUCCACCAAGACGCCAGCCGCGCCGCCAUUAGACGACCCGAGAGCACCAAUCCAAGCUCCACUCUCCAGGGCUACCAGCACUUGUCUUCCAAACCCAACAUUGAACCCCGGAAGAGGAACAAGUCCAAGGAAAAGUCCGAAUUCGAUGAGAAUAACGCCCAGAUCUUCCGGAUAACGCUCGACCACAGUCGCAUUCAAUCCCGGCUCUAUUUCCACGAGUAUCGCAGAGUUUUUACUCUCUCAUUUGUGGCUCUUUCUUCUUUACUGCUUCAAUUUUACUUGGGGGUUUCUGAGAGCUCUGGAUCCUUUAUAAACGGGACUUUUGUUCCCCUUCUGUUUGGAUUUAUCCUUCUUUGCAAUCUAGUUUUAUUGCUUGCUAAGGUUUCGUUCGAGAAAUCUGCGUCGAGGAAGUCGGAGAAGCAACUGAGUGUGCUUCUUGGGGUUUUGGGGUUUACGCUGGGGCUAUUGAUUUGCUUUGAGAUUGUUCCUUGGGUUUUGGAUUUCCGUUUUGAAUCAAUUAAUGGGGUUUUGAGGGUUUUUCUUGCUGUUUUAAUGGGCUUCAUCGCUGGUUUUCUGCUUAUGCCGGCAUUAAAAAUUGCAAGGUCUUUUUGGCUUGGAACUGAUCAGCUUCGAAGCAAUUUAUCGAUGAUUCAUUGUGGAUGGUUUUCUAGAAUGAUUCUUUAUGCGAAUACAACGUUGAGUAUGCUCACGGCAUUGCUUUGGAUUAAUCCAUUCGUUGAGAUUCUUGUUAAUAAGAACAUUGAUAAUGCUAAAGGAGCGCGUUUAGCUAGUGAAAUUGGGGAUGCUGAGAGGUUGGUUGGCAAUGUGGGCAUGUCCCUUUCCGAUUUUAACAAGCUCAGGGUUUGGUGCUUGUUGCUUUUGGGUUUAUUGCAAGUUGUGGCUUUAAGACCGAACUUGCAAAUGUAUCUGAAUGAAGCAUUGUUGUCUUGGUACCAACGGUUGCACGCCAGCAAGAUUCCGGAUUUGGACUUUAGCAGGGCGAAGGUCUUUUUGCACAACCACUACUUAUGUCUUGUAGUUUUGCAGUUUCUUGCACCUCCGAUUCUUGUGCUUCUCUUUGUUGGCUUAUCUCAGAUUGAUGGUAACUCCUUUUUGAGUUCCCAAUCGAUAUGUAGUCUACAGCCAUGUUCUUCUUUUGUUAAGGAAGUGGCGUUGUUUUUGGCUUGGUGGGUUGUCUUUGUUUGGGCUGUUUUCAGUUCAGGAAGCCUUGUAUUGUAUCGUCGUGGCAUUUUGUAUAUGUCUUGAUGACUGAUUUUUGGUUUUGGCCUCCUACCCCUGUUGGAUUUUUGGGUGAAGAGUGUCAUGCUUGCAAUGCGAUUUUUCAGAACGGUGAUGUUCACAAUUCGCCAAACCACAAUAUUAUUUCGGUACUGUAUUUUUCA